AUGAGUAGUGCAUUGCGCAGAGUUGCGCAGACUGCUUCAAUUCUUAAGGGAAGAGCGUUGGGGAGCGUCACUAACGGGAGUAAAUAUACGAAGAACUUUGUUCAAUACCUUGAGCUUCCGAACGGUGAGAUUGGAUCAUAUUUCCACGAUGUUCCACUGGCGCUAGACGCUGAGCACAGAACUAUCAAUAUGGUUGUAGAAGUUCCGAGGUGGUCAAAUGGCAAAUUUGAAGUGAGUAAAGAAAAGGAUUACAACCCGAUUGUUCAAGAUGUGAAAGACGGUCAAGUGAGAUUUGUGCACAAUAUCUUCCCGUUCCACGGAUACAUACACAACUAUGGUUCAAUUCCGCAAACGUGGGAAGAUCCACUUGUCAAAAGCACGCAUCCAGGGGUCCAGGGUUUGAAAGGUGACAACGAUCCAUUGGACUGCUGCGAAAUCGGUUCUCAAAUUUUGGAAAUGGGCCAAGUACGGAAAGUCAAAGUUCUGGGCUCAUUGGCCAUGAUCGACGACGGUGAACUUGAUUGGAAAGUGAUUGUUAUCGAUGCAGAAGAUCCCCUCUCCAAACAAGUGAAUUCGCUCAAAGACGUAGAGACGCAUUUCCCCAAUUUAUUGUCUUCUACGCGCGAAUGGUUUCGCAAUUACAAAAUUCCAGCGGGUAAACCACCAAACACAUUUGCUUACGGCGGUGCAUACAGAGAUUUUCCAGAGACCUUAUCGAUCAUUCAAGGAUGUCACGAUUCGUGGAAAAGACUACUUUUCAUGGAAAAUCAAAAUUCUAAAACGCCAAAUGCUAAAAGAGCUGGAAAGGGCUUGGUUAUCAAACCGGAUCAUGCUCCAGAUUCAACAAUUGAUCCAGAGAAUGACAAAUGGUACUACAUUUAA